AUGCUUCGUGCCGCCGUCACUCUAUUCUCGGCGAGUCUGGGAGCCAUCACCGCUACUGCGCAGGCUACUACCGGUGGUGAUCCGGCGAGUCUGGGAGCCAUCACCGCUACUGCGCAGGCUACUACCGGGGGUGAUUCGGCGAGUCUGGAAGACAUCACCCCUCCUGCGCAGGCUACUACCGGGGGUGAUUUCAACAUUACUGGCGCCCAACUCUAUCCCGAGAAGUGUGUAUUCGAUUCAAAGCGCGAUGUCAUGUACUGCAGUGAACUAUACGAAUCCAAGAUUGCGGUGGUUGACCUAAAAACGAAAACCAUCGUCAAGACGAUUGACUUUCCAGGACUUUCUGGGGAUGCAGACUAUCACGCAAGCGGUGUCCUAAUUCAGGGCAAAGACCGACUGAUAUCUUCGAUCAACACUGGUGCAGCAUUUGAAACCUCUGGCGGGAAUAUUACCGGAACCAACUACCUCCUCAUUACUGACUUGGAGACUGGCGAGGAGAAGGCGCGGGUUAACGUUACUGAUGUGACAAAUGGGACCUACGGAGGGCCGCAGGACUUUGCGACCGAUACUUGCGGCAAUAUUUAUCAAGUUUUUACCUACCCAGGGGCCAUCAUCAAGGUGACGCCCAGUUUGAAGGUCAUUCCUUGGUAUUUGAGCAAAGAAACCAACUCUACAAAGGCGGGUUUUACCGGCAUUGCAUCCAGAGGCAACAUGUUGCUCACGAGUAACGAGCAACAGGGUGGCAAGAUAAUACGCUUCGAUGCUCAUAACAAAACGGGCGAUCCUUUUGAAGUUCCUAUUGCAAACAACGGGAUGCUUGGCAGAUUCCUCGACGGCAUCUUGUUGCCUGCCAAGUAUAACGGCACCGUUCUCCUGGUGACUUCUAGUCAGAAUGGAACUACUGUGGUCGAAUCAAAGGAUGGUGAAUGGAACUCGGCUGAGAUACUGGGAAUCGUACCCAACCCUUACUGGGAGAAUGAACAAGGGUUUUCUACGCAAACUUUUGAUCGGGAAGACCGUAUUUAUCAAAUGUUUGAAUGGUUUUUGGAUUCGAGGGCGCCUGCCAAUCUGAAUGGUCUGUCUGGCAACCGAACCGUAUUCCCUUUCCAGGACAUCACGGAUGCUGUUGACAAGCUCGUCAGUAAGGGAGCCAGUGAGGCACUGCAAGCAUGCUAA